CGCCAUAGUGUGCAGUUGGCUCGAGGGAACGCGUGGUGAAGGUGAAGUAGUUAAGACUGUCGAGAGAGGAGUAGGAGGUCUUUCGCUUACGGCAUCACGAGAUACGAAGCUUCGAUGGCCGGAACAGAGACUCCGAACGUGAAAUCGGAGACAGGGAACGCUCCCGUCGAAAACAACAGCGAGAAUAUGCGUGAGCGAAACCAAGCCGGUGGCGGCGGCGGCGGCGGAGGCGGCGGCGGAGGCAGCGGCGGAGGCGGCGGCAGCGGUGGCGGCGGUAACCGCGGAGGCCGUGGCCGAAAAGGCGGUACUCGUUUUUCGGGUGGCCGUGGAGGUAUCGGCGGCGGUGGCAGGAACAAUGAAGCGAUGAAAAUAAACGAUUCCAUGGAUGGAGGCAUGGAUAAUCCUAUAUCUGAAGGCAUGGGUGGCAAUAUGGGUGGCGGUAUGGGUGGCGGUAUGGGUGGCGGUAUGGGUGGCGGAAUGGGUGGUGGUAUGGGUGGCGGAAUGGGUGGUGGAAUGGGUGGUGGAAUGGGUGGUGGAAUGGGUGGUGGGAUGGGUGGCAUUAUGGGUAUGGGUCGUGGCGGUAUGAUGCGAGGAAGUGGAAGAGGAGGUCGCGGUGGUGGUGACAGAAACAUGGCCAGUAGAUCCCAAGAUGAUCGAUUGAUGGAACGCGUUAUGGCUAUCAGUGGACCCACUCAUGAACUUCCACCACAAGACAUUACGGAAAAGAAGUUUAGUGGUCGAAAUCGUUUGUACAUUGGAAAUUUGACAAACGAUGUAACCGAGGAAGAAAUACAAACCUUGUUCCAAAAAUAUGGAGAAAUAUCCGAGCUGUUUGUGAAUAAAGAAAAAAGUUUUGCUUUUCUCAGAUUGGAUUAUAAAGCAAAUGCUGAUACAGCUAAGCGCGAACUAGAUGGUUCAAUGCGCAAAGGUCGUGCACUGAAGGUACGCUUUGCUCCUCAUUCAUCGACGAUCAAGAUAAAGAAUUUAACGUCUUGGACAUCCAAUGAACUCCUUGAAAGAGCUUUCAGUGUCUUUGGCGAAAUCGAGCGUGCGAUAGUUAAAGUUGAUGACAGGGGUAAAAGUACUGGCGAAGGAAUUGUUGAGUUUUGCCGGAAACCGUCUGCUCAGUUAGCUCUGAGAAAGUGCACAGAGGGUUGUUAUUUCGUUACUGCUUUCCAUUUCAGUUCCCUUCGACCAGUAGUUGUCGAGCCAUUUGAACAACAAGAUGAUGUAGAUGGCUAUCCUGACAAGAGCUUACCGCGCAAAAAUCCAGAGUUCUUCAAAGCGCGUGAAAUUGGACCACGUUUUGCACAAUUAGGUAGUUUUGAACAUGAAUACGGUACGAGAUGGAAGCAAUUGCAUGAAUUGUACAAGCAGAAGGAAGAAGCACUCAAACGAGAAAUGGCGAUGGAGGAAGAAAAAUUGGAAGCCCAAAUGGAAUUCGCUCGAUAUGAACAUGAGACGGAGCUUUUGAGAGAACAACUGCGCAUGCGCGAGGCGGAUCGCGAAAGGCAGAAGAGAGAAUGGGAAAUGAAAGAGCGACAAGCAGAAGAGCAGAGGACUCGUGAAGAGGAAUUAAGACGGCGUCAACAAGAAGAAAUGGCGAUACGUAUCAGAAGACAGGAGGAGGAAUUGCACAGACGUCAACAGGAAAACAAUUUGUUUAUGCAGGUCCGUUGA